AAGGUGUUGAAGCAUGGGUUUGCAUGUUUAUUUGCUCUUGGUAGCAGCAUAAUGUUGAUAAGCAGGUGAAGUUAGUGUUUGUUGUGCUCUAUAACUCCAAUUUAGUUGUGUGGAUAAUGGUUCAUCAAUGCUCUAGGCAUAGCUAUGGUUUCUGAUGUUGCCCACACCACCAAGAGUCUCAGUGACUGAACUGAUUUGAAACAUAUUGAAACACUUUAAUAAAAACAAAAGGAGAACACAAGGACAAAUAUAGAAAAGAGCCUUGCCUAUCUUGGCCUCCUAAUUUAAAAUUUACACACAAAAAAAAAUAAAUAAAAUAAGCCAACCAUCUUUAAACUAGUGAGAUGGCCUUGAGUACCCUCAUGUCUCUCUACGUAGUUAAAUUAAGUCUCGCCUUUUACACUUUCGCCCUAAUUCAGACUCCUCAUUUAGCUCCGUGUUCCCAUUUCAGCAGGACCUCUGAGCCUCUGCUGGCUCUUCAUCGCCGGGGAUUCACGUGAGCGAGUGUCCUGAAUAGCACGCUAGAAAAAAAGAAACCCAAAAGCGGCUUUAUGGAGUAGUCAGGACUGACUGUUUUGGCUUUGAACACCGAGUUGGUUGGAGUCCAUUUUCGGGCAGUUUGCCCUCUGAACCCCUUCUGCUGGACAGAUAAGCAGGCUAUGACCCCUGACUCCUCCAGGAGGCUCUGGGCAGUGAAAGUGGAACUGGCUUUGUGGGACACAGCUGGACAGGAAGACUACGAUAGGCUCCGCCCCCUGUCCUAUCCUGACACUGACGUCAUCCUCAUGUGCUUUUCCAUAGACAGCCCAGACAGUUUGGAGAACAUUCCGGAAAAGUGGACGCCCGAGGUGAAACACUUUUGCCCCAACGUUCCCAUCAUCCUUGUUGGCAAUAAGAAAGAUCUCCGUAACGAUGACCACACACGUCGAGAGCUUGCCAAAAUGAAACAGGAGCCCGUCAAGGGAGAGGAGGGAUUAGACAUGGCCAAUAAAAUCAGCGCAUUCGGUUACAUGGAGUGCUCGGCGAAGACGAAGGACAGCGUGCGGGAGGUGUUUGAGAUGGCCACCAGGGCGGCACUACAAGCACGCCGGGGCAAGAAGAGCAACAAAUGCCUUCUGCUCUGAGCCACUGACUACUGGACUCUACCCCUGACAUGGGGACAAAAAGGAGAGUGGGCGGGGCCGAGGGCUGGUUGUGUGCGUGGACACCUGAUUCUUGGUGCCUCCACUUUCAACCAUUCACUAUCCACACACACACACACACACACACACACACACACACACACACACACACACACACACACACACAUACAUACAUACAUACAUACAUACAUACAUACACACAUACAUACAAACACACACACACACACAGAGAGACAUACACACCUCCCUCAAAGCUGCCAAACUCCCUGAACAUAGAACCUAUUAAAGAAAAAAAAGUGCUUUUAAUUUGUGACGACAUGGGAGCUUUCAUCAGUAUUUAAGCAACAUGCGGACGAGGACAUUUGUUUAUGUUAAGUUUUAUCGCUUUAACUGAUUUUGGGACCCCAUUGCCCUGCCCACUUGCCAAAUACUGUUAUGUGACCUUAGGAGUGGGCCGGGCCUACCUGCUGUCAAUCAAGUACUGCAGGUCCUUAUGUAUGUCUUUGAUAACCAACAGGGCUGAUAUUAUUUUAUUUUUAUUUUUAAGUUUGUUGUAUGUACAAAUCAUUUUGAAGACUUGUUUUAGAUUUAGAGGACAAUAAAUAAACUGGUGAAAGAGUCAAGAAAAUGGUGUUCGAAAAGGGGCAUGUAUACAAGUUUGUACAUAUGAAAUGCACGCAUACUUACGUGUGACUGCUGACAUGACUGGAAGCUGCAUUUGUAAACUGUUUUCUUGUGUAAUAAAUGACUUUCUACACAGAACAUUAUGAGUGUUGUGUGCUAAACCAAACAUUAUUAAAAUAUACCACUACA